AUGGAAGAGCAAUAUGAGGCAUUUACAAUACAUGAUGAUGAUGAGGAGGGGCUUAUCUUCGAAGCAGGGGCGGAUGGCUUAGCUGAGAUUGAUGAUCGGUGGCUCUUAGUAGGUCGAUUUCUCACUAAUCGGGCUAUCGACUUUCAGGCGAUGCAAAACAAAAUUGCCACUCUUUGGCAGCCGGGUAGAGGUUUGUAUGUGAAGGAACUAGACCCAAACCUUUUUCUUUUUCAAUUUUAUCAUGAAGUUGAUAUAGAACGAGUAAUUGAGGGGAGUCCGUGGACGUUCGAUCGUGCACCUCUUAUCUUCGAAAGAGUGAAGCAGGGAGAGAAUCCUAGGAACAUACCAUUGGUGAAGCUGGAUCUAUGGGUUCAAUUGCAUAAUAUGACUGUUGGCUUUAUGUCUGACAGAAUUCUACAGGGAGUGGGUAAUUACAUUGGCACCUUUAUCAAAUCUGACCCAAAUAAUUUUUCUGGUGUUUGGCGGGAUUAUUUGCGUAUACGAGUGAAGAUUAGAGUGGACAAACCACUGAAAAAAAAGAAGAAACUUGAAAUAGUGGGAGGCCCGAAAUGUGAAGUUUUGUUCAAAUAUGAAGACUUGCCAACCUUUUAUUUUCUUUGUGGUGUUCUUGGACACUCCGAGAAGUUCUGCGAAAAGCUAUUCGACACUCCGAAAGAUCAACUUGUUCAAGAAUAUAGCCUUGAGUUAAAAGCGGCACCGAGAAGAAGAAACUAUGCUGAUGGUUCACGGUGGUUGAAGUCGGGUCUGGCAGUCAAGAACUCCCCCGGAGCAAGCAGUUCGCGAGGUGGUGACCGGAGCAAUCAAAUCCCAUCACGCCGAGAGAAUCAAGGGAGAGCCAUGAAUCAGGUAUCCCCAUUAAUGUCCCAUGAUUCACGUUCUGUCAAUGUUAAUGUUGUUUUGGAAAAAUCCCAUGAUUUAAGGAAGAAUGAUGAGAAUGAGGGUGUGGCGCCAACUGGGAUAGAUUUGAAUCCAGGAUUGACUUUUAUUGAUAAUAAAAGAAGGAGAAUGGGCUUGGAAAAGGAGAUUGGGCUUGAUGAGACUAAUGAAAAUGAAUUGGGCCGUGUGGGUUUUAGUCAUAGUCAAGGAGUAAAAAAUAUGGAUAUUUCUAAUUUGGUUGACAAUGAUACUACAACUCAUGAUAUGAUUUCAAAAAACAUGCUCGAGGCGGGUGCUGGUAUCCAGGCCCGCCAAGAAUUAUGA